AUGGCAGAAAGACCAGAAGAGCAAAUUCAUUCAGAAAUGAUGUCAGCUGAGGAGGGGAUGCUGCAGGAGGUCCUGGUCGAGUCCGUGCCUUCAGACUUGGAUGGAUAUAGCGACCUCAAAUGCGAGAUCUGUCACCACCACCAGCAUCCGGUUCAGGGCACUUUACUCUGGCGGUGCUCAAGAUGUAACGGGAUGCACCAUGAUGAGUGCGUCGUCUCCCUGCCAGAAUUCCACGACAAUGGCGCAGCCACCAGGUUCGGUUGUACAAGAUGUGGAGCGCCCUGGUUUCUGCGCAGCGAGCUCUGUUGCGCUGGGGAUGGAGACAGCGAAGAGGACGGGCCCGAGGGGGACGAGGGAUAUGACGGUCUCGAUUGGCAGAAGCAGCAUAAGCCACUUGUCACCCCAGAGGUGCAGCAAGGCCGACUUUGUCUUGGGGUUGCUACGCGCUAUCGACUGGAUAUAUCUGAGAAACACUUCAUCUGUGAACUAUUUGGUCCAGGAGAUGCUCCAUGUGAGCAAAGAUUUAGCUGCAAAGUUGAUAUAGAAUGCCACCAGAAGAUCCACCACAGUGGCGGGCCGACCUACCCGUGUCCACACUGCCCUUUGUGGUACCGUAGUGACAGUGGUAUCCGCUCUCAUCUCAAAGCUAGGCAUGGCACAGACCCUGCCAAAUGUGGGUUCUGUCGCUUCACAGCUGUCUUCAGUGUGGUCAACGAUUUUCAGGUGGCUAUACAACAGCUAAGAAGGCUCACUGUACAGGACAUUUCCUACGUCUUCUCCUCUGAUGCUUUACAUCAGCCCAUUCCACCCAAGACUGCCACCUGA